AACGUAUCAUCUGUCUUCUUAUUUCACACUGAACAUUUUCUUUCGUCUGUCGUUUAUUAACCCAUAUUAUCACGUGCGGUUUGGUUACUUUGGAAUAGCAACUGGUUUCAGUGAGCACCUCCUAGAUGUGUAGGACAGAAGAACAUAUCUUGGGUAUUAAGAAAGCAGAUUUUAAUUACUCAAAGAAAGAUUAGUCACCACAAGUGGAUCGAGUUGAAUGCUCGUUUGAUGCAAGGAUGUUGUCAUGCUGGCGUAUUCUUGUGAAUUUGUAGAUAGGGUACGGCGAUUGAAACAUUUAAACACCAAGAAACUUUGCUCAAACUGAAAGAUCCAGUGGUGAAUCAAGAAAAUAUUCUCACGAUAUAAAUAGAUUGUUUGAUCAUCUAUUUUUUUUUGUCGCGCAGCUUUGACUUGCGAAAACAUCAGGAUAUGUGAGUUCAUUCUGUAUGGAGUGCCUAUUGUUUGCCCGUAGCUAGUAAAGCGACCUCGAAAUUUCACAGUACGUGCAAGACUUUAAGUGAAAUUGAUGGUUCCUGACAAGCAUGUCAUCGAGUCCCGUUUGGAAAAUGCGAGUUAAGUAUGAGCCAGUGUCUGGGAACGCCGAUGAAUUAAUUACCGAAAAAGGAAAUCGUCAAAGUUCAAGCUUAAGUGAUGAUACAUCCAUUUCAUCAGCCACAGCUCUGACAGAUUAUGAACCAAUUUUAGCAAAGAACCAAGCAAGACGUGCAGCUAACAACAAUUUUGAAGACAAUGUCCCCACUAGUGGACCACAGAGAAAACUGAAGAAAAUAUCCCGAGGUGUUUUUGGCAAUACUCGAAUUACUAUAAAUAUCUCCGGAUCAAGGUUUGAAACCUUCGAAAGCACGCUCGCAAGGGUUCCUGAUUCAUUGUUGGGAACGCCAUCAAAAAGGGCGCCGUAUUAUGACUCGACAAAGAACGAAUUUUACUUCAGCACAGACCGUGGUGUAUUUGACAGUAUCUUAUUCUAUUACCAAUCUGGCGGAAAUACCGGUGGGAUUCUUGUGAAACCGGAUGGGAUACCAGACGGAAAAUUUCUCGAGGAGGUCAAGUUUUUUGAAUUGGGAGAGGACGCCGAAAGAAAACUGGGAUAUAACGUGAAAAGUAGAGACAUUUCAGUGGAAUCAUUGCCCAGAAGAGAGUGUUCUUCAAAAAUAAGACAGCUGUUCGAUUCAAGCAAGACGAAAAAAGCAUCCCCUUUGCGUAAAGUUGUAGACAUUUGGACCAUAUUCAUAACAAUCUUUUUCAUCACUUUACUUUGUGGCAAAACAGAAUACUAUCUCAGAGAAGCUUUUGUUUUGGACCAAUGUUGUGACCAGAACAAAACAGACACUUUAUUCCGGCGACGUGAAAUCAAACUUUUCUGGUCGUUCAGCGAAAAAUUUUGCAUUUCGUGGUUUACGCUGGAGUACGCUCUUCGAGCAUUCAGUGCAACAAGUAGGGUGGCUUACUUGAUUUCAGCUCAGGGUAUUUUUGAUAUGUUAUCUUUCUUCCCUCACCUAAUGAUGCUCAUAAUCCAAGCUUUAGCGUCAGAAACCUCAACAAUUCCUUUGCAACGCGUGCUUCUGUUCCUCACGUUCUUUUCACUUUUCAAGCUGACUCGCUACUCGUUAGGCUUACAAGUGUUCUUGAAAACAAUUCAGACAAGCCUUAAAGAACUAAUGCUGUUGUUAAUUUGCGUGGUAAUCAGCCUGGUACUGUUUUCAUCAGUGAUUUAUUACUGUGAAAGUACUGUCCCAGCUACUAAUUUCACAAGUAUCCCCGCCACAUUUUGGUUUACCAUCGUUACUAUGACUACGGUGGGAUACGGUGACAUAACGCCAGUCACAGUGGCGGGAAAAGUUUUCAGUGCGCUGUGUGCAGUAUUCGGAGUUUGUUGUGUCCUGGCGAUACCAUCAACAGUCAUUGUCACAAAUUUCAACUUCUUUUAUCUGAAACACAAGGAAAUUGCAAAGCCAGAGAAACAGAAACGGCCGAAGAGUAGGAUGACCGCUCUGCAAAAAUGGGUGACCCGGUUUCGAAGCGUAUCAAUGUAAGAGACUUUCUCGAGAAAACUUUGAUGGGAGAGAACGGUCAACUAAAGAAAGAGAAUUAUGCAGAUUUUCUGGCCCGAGACAAAUUUGGAUUAAGGCUUUGAUAGAGUUUACUGAUGUUUCGUAUGAAUCUGUUGGCGUUCCUCACAAAUGCAACAAUCUGUUUGGCUAUGCGAAUUACCAUAUAUUAUGUCACGGUUAUAGAUACUGAGUAUACUAAGAAGCCUUAAUAGUGUGCAGCUAUAAACAAAAUGAGAUAAAAACAUGAGCCUAUGUUGUUGUUAGGCUUUGAAGUACUGCUGGAUUUGUAUUAAUCCAAUUAGAUUAUUCUUUCUCGAUAUCUGUGCGUAAUAUCUGAUUCAAGCUUCGCCCUUGUUAAAUUUAUCGCGCAAUAGAAAUGUUUAAACCGAAACAGUUGUGUAUGAAAUAUGAAAAAAGCUUUUCUUGAUCUUCAAGACAUACUCUAUACCAGCCAUAGGAUAAAACGUAGGUUGCUAACAACGUCUAGGGACUAGUCAUUGUUUGUCGUGGUCGAGGUG